CUGUCAAUUUCAAACAGUAUAUCAUUUAUGCCCAAUUUGUCAACUUCAAGCAAUGAUCAACAUCCAAGCACGAGUUCAAGCUGUAUUAACCUUUCUAGCAAUGAUCAACCGCACGACAUUGUGAUUUGCAAAAUAUUUAUUUUUGAUAG